GCAAUGAACCAACGCAUUUGUAGACCAACAGAUGCCGUCAGGUUUUCUGUUAGAUUGACCCCGUCAACUCGCAUAGGACAGGAAAGAUGAAACAGUUAUUCCUGUUGUUACCAGAGGGGCUUUUAAGGAAGAAGGAUUAAGGCAUGUGCAUUGAGGAAGAGAGCGGGUUUUCAUCGGACUUGGCUACUAUAGCCGAGCGCUUCGCUUCUUCCUCUACCUAUCCAACAAUAAUUCAAUUCAAUUCAAAUGCAAAUGGGUUGUACCUUGUUGGGUGCUAAUCACUCUCUCAAUCCAAAACCCAGUCAAGUCUGCCUCUCUCUCGAUCAAAACUUUCUCUUCUUUUUAGUCUGGGUUGUUACAAAAUCCGACAACAUUAGAAUUACGUAUACGUGGUGCCUGAGUUCUGCGACGACGAUAAUCAAAUAACUGUCUGGUUCUUUUCUCAAACAAUCCCUACCCACUUUUUUUCAUCCUGCAAACUGCAACACUCUGCACAAGGUUGAUAAAGCUUUUCUGAAGCAGCUCAAACUGUUCCAGAGAACAGGGAAUGGUAAGAGACUUGGAAAGGGAGGAUUUCAUACAUGAAAGCUUUGGAAAUGUUAUCCCCUCAAGAAUAGAUGCUGAAGCCUGCAGCAUAAGGGAGGAACUUGAUAAACUGAUGACACUGCAGCAGCCUUUAAGUGGAAGUUGUAACAAUUCAUCGGAGACCGCAAAAGAUGCAACUGUAGAGCAUUUAAAAGCAGCACUCGUAGAAAUUCAACUAUGUUCCAGGUUGGAGUCUCUGUUACUAAAGAAGAAAUCCUUGAACAAUGGGGACUCACCUGAGCUGCACACUGAAAAGGUCGAAAAAUUGAAAGUAUUAUCAGAAUCUCUUGCUAAUUCCACCUCACAAGCAGAAAAGCGCAUUUUGGACCACAGAACAGGGAAUGGUAAGAGACUUGGAAAGGGAGGAUUUCAUACAUGAAAGCUUUGGAAAUGUUAUCCCCUCAAGCAUAUUACUGAGAGCCAGAACCAGGUUGUGAUUACCGAUAGGAUCUGGGCCACAACUCCUUUCUUCAACCAACCAACCGAGCUUCUUAAACCCCAAAGAUGUUGAUGAAGUCCAAAAAGAGGAAGAGCCUCCAACUCAACUGCUAGACAGGGAAAAUUGUAAAGCUAGCAAGUACUGAAGACAUUCCUGGCAUGAUAUGAAAACACAAGACUGUUUUAUUCGAAACCUUCUGUUAGAAUCGAUCACUAGUAUUCAGAUCUUUGGUUGAUGCCCUACUGAUCCAGAAUGUUGAUGGCAAUUCACAUUUUUGACUGCUAGUAUCAUCUGUGGAGCAUAAUUGUUUGUUGUUGUAUCAGAUGAAUUCAAUUCACCAUGCCCUACCGAAGAGAUUUCCGCUUAAAAUGUUCAUUUGAUAUACGCAAUACUAGCAUAUCUGGAAUGGGAUUAGCAGUCUAAUUAAGCUCCAUCCUGUACGAGUUUGUAAUUACUUAGGUCAUUGCAUAUUUUUGACAAGUGCUGCUACUGGCCAUUUGUUCUGUUGGAUAG